AUGGCUUGGGAAAACUGGACUACGGUGACAGAGUUUGUUUUCAAGGGGUUCACAGAUUGCCUUGACUUCCAGGUUACCCUCUUUGUGCUUUUCCUGCUCAUCUAUGUCACCACCGUGAUAGGAAACCUUGGCAUCAUUGCUGCAGUCUGGCUUGAUUCCCAGCUUCAAACCCCCAUGUACUUCUUCCUUGGCCACUUGUCCUUCUUGGAUCUGUGCUACUCCUCUGUGGUGACACCCAAAAUGCUGCUGAGCCUCUUGUCUAAAAGGAAGACUAUUUCUUUUGCUGGCUGCUUCCUGCAGCUCUAUUUCUAUACUGCUUUUGUAAUCACAGAGUGCUACCUCCUGGCUGGGAUGGCAUAUGACCGUUAUGUUGCCAUCUGCAACCCCUUGCGUUACCCCAUCCUCAUGUCCAAGAAGGUCUGUGUUUCCCUCUUAGCUGGGUCCUAUGCAGUUGGGCUUUUUAAUUCAGCCAUCUUCACAGGCUUUGCAUUGAGGUUGUCCUUCUGUGGCCCCAAUGUCAUUGACCACUUCUUCUGCGAUGGGCCACCACUCUCAAAGUUGGCUUGCUCUGAUACUUCCCUCAAUCAAAUGUUGCUAUUUGCUUUUGGGGGCUUCAAUAAGGUCACCACAAUAUCAGUCAUCCUCAUCUCCUAUGGCCACAUCCUCUUCACCGUCCUGAGGACAGGCUCUGUGCUGGGCAAAGCUUUUGGUACCUGUGCAUCGCACCUAAUGGUUGUUACCAUCUUCUAUGGGACCCUUAUCUUCAUGUACCUACGGCCCAGUUCCAGUUACAGUCUGGGCAGGGACAAAAUAGUUUCUGUCUUUUACACCAUGGUGACCCCAAUGUUGAACCCCUUCAUCUACAGCCUGAGGAACAAGGAGGUAAAGAAUGCUCUGAAGAGAACAGUGGGGAGAAUGGUUAUUUCCCUGGGUACGGAUGGAGGAAACCUCACUGCUCUCUCCAGCUUCAUCCUCUUGGUCAUCUCUGAUGCCCCAGAGCUACAAACCACCAUCUUCACAGUACUCUUAUCCCUCUAUGUUUUAAUGGUGCUGGGGAACCUGACCAUGAUCCUGCUCAUCAACACUGACCCCCACCUCCACACCCCCAUGUACUUCUUCCUCACCCACUUAUCUUGCAUAGAUUUUUGCCUUUCCUCUGCUACCAUCCCCAAAGCUCUGCAGACCUUCCUGCGGGGGAGAAGCCACAUCUCCUUUUGGGGUUGCUUUACCCAGAUGUAUAUUUUCCUGGCUCUUGCUAUCUGUGAGAGCUUUCUGCUUGGAGUAAUGGCUUACGACCGGUACUCGGCUGUGUGCAAGCCCCUGCUCUACACCACUACCAUGACCAGGGCACGUUGCUAUGGCAUGAUGGUGCUGGUGUACGCCAUGGGGUUCCUCACCUCCCUGCUGCACAUCACGCUGGCAGGGAGGUUGUCCUUCUGUCAGGCCAGGAGCAUCAACCACUUCUUCUGCGAGCUGCCCACCCUCCUGCAGCUCUCCUGCUCAGACACAAGCACAAAUGAGCUCUUGCAGGUCUACAACGCUGCCUUUAAUUCCAUGUGCCCUCUCCUGAUGAUCCUGGUGUCCUACACCUACAUCCUGCACACCGUCCUGCAGAUCCCUUUGGCCAGCAGGAGGCUGAAGGUCUUCUCUACCUGUGCCUCCCACUUGGCUGCCAUCACCAUCUUCUACGCACCCGCGAUCCUCACCUAUGUCCAUCCUCAUGGGGCAUCCUCAUGGGAUCAGGCAAAGCUGGUGUCGCUGUGUUACUGCAUCCUCAGCCCAACCCUCAACCCCCUCAUCUACAGCCUGAGGAACAAGGAGGUGAAGGGGGCUCUGAGGAGGCUGUGGGAGCGAAAGCUGCUGCCACAUCUAUCCAGGUUUUGA